AUGAGUCCCCAAUAUUCACCCACUUUCCAAUCGAAAGAUUCACUUGAGAGUUCUUUUCCAGAAGCCUUUGCAGGCCUCGAGCCCUCAGACUCUACAGAGCGAGCUUACGUGGCUCUCAGAGCCAGCUGCGACCGCCAAGCAAUUUACCCACGUAACCUUUUACAGCGCAAACAACUACAGAGCACAACAGAGCGCUACGGUCGGUACCUCGAUGAUGAAAAAAAGAAAUUGUUCAAUCUCGAUUUUGAAGAAAUCUAUUUCCAUGAUUUAGAAGAUGGAGCUAUAGAUUACCGAACAGUAAUGAUUCGAAACAGCCCAUGUGUUCGAACUCACCUUCACAAUCUCAGGGAUGGAGGGGAUCCAAAAUCUCGCUUUAUCUUCCUCCAGGCCGAAAACUCGCGGGCUCCAUUGAACUGCUCUCGCGAUAGCUUCUCGCACAUCAUGUCGUAUCACCAAGUUCCACCAACCUUUAUCGACUUUGUAUCUGCCUUCGGUGCCACGCACUAUCCGACCGAUUACCAUAUGACAGGCUUCGACUCUGACGAUACUCUUCGUGUACAUGACUCCAACUUGAUAAACAUUUCCACACUUGGUCGCUCAGGACGUGAGCAUUGCAUGCAAUAUCUUUUGCGAUCUGUGGAGCGCGACUCUAACGACGACGGAUCGCGCAGGUGGAAUAUUCGACAGGCUGCUGUAUAUCACUCGUUCGACUUCAUUGAAGGUAAAGCACUGUGGAUCAAUAUCAAGGCUAAUGGUCUAUUGAAGGAUAGAAUUAUAGAAGCAACAAACGAUCCUGCAGUACUAGACUUGGGUACACGGGAUGACUUGCCAAAAUCUUUUGCUGCUACUCUUGUCAUUCACCUUAUCUUUCUUGAGUGGUGUGACGAAGAUUGGCGAAUGUGUAUUCGUGAUUGUGAGAACAAGGUUCGCGAUGUCUUGGCAAAGGCUCAAACAUCUCAAGUGGUUCAGCCUCCUGCGUUCAGCGCCUCAGCAAGACGAGCUUUGGGGUUCCAGAAAGCGCGACCUACAGGGCUCAGUGAAAGUGAGAAGCAACCUCCUUCAGUGGCUUUGGCCUGGGGACGGAAGAUUCACAGCAAUCUCAGGUCGCUCAGCCGUUACAAGUACAGGGGCACGCAGGAUCGCGACGUAUCUGGGAUUACAGACGACGAUAACCAUUUGCAAAAGAGACAGUUCGACAACCUCAAGAAUCUCGAUGGCUUUUCCUUUGGAGAACUCCAGCAUCUUUACUACAUGAGUGAGCAAUUGGAGAGUUAUCGUUUGGUGAUGGAGCUCAACCACCAAACCUUGCGUGAUAUUGCGGAGCGUUACCAGAAUUUGCCAUCUCAGCGCGGUUUUCCGGAAUCUCUCACAGAGAAUUGCAUGGAAGAUAUUCUUUCAUUUGUGCGACGAGUUGAGCGUAUUAGGAAAAAUCUCGAGAUCCGUAUGACGCAAGUCACUUCGCUGCUCGCAUGGCUUCAAGACGGAAAGGCAUUGUUUGACGAUAUACUGCAAUAUCGCAAUGUACAGAUCGGUCGCAUAUUCACCGAAACUUCAUAUGGUCAAUCCCAGAAGAUGGAGCGCAUUGCGUACAAAACGGAGAAGGAAACUAUCUCAAUGCACGUCAUCACUUGCGUGACACUGGCAUUUCUUCCUGCAAUGUUUGCGGCUGAAGCUGUUUUCAAGAUCUAUGAAGGUAUCGAAACAAAACAACUCUACAGUAGAGAAGCCAAAGUGUACACAAGACUUAGAAGAUUCAACGCCAUUGGUAUCACAAACUGCUAUGGCUCCUUCGAAUAUGCCGAAACCAACAAGCGAAUUAUCAUCCUUGAAUAUACCCCUGCAGGUUCUCUGCUUGACUUCUUCAAGAAUAAACCCCCGGAUAAUUCCAAAUCACUAGAACUGCUUUGGCGGAGCUUGUUACUGCUGUUAGAAGGCCUUUACAAGCUUCACAAUCCAGACAAAAGUGAUUCCAUAUCCCUUUCUGGGAUUCACCAUGAUAUUCAGCCAGCGAAUAUUUUAGUAUUUCGAGAAGAGGGAGGCUCUGCCUACGACGUCUCCUUCAAACUUGCGGACUUUGGCCUGGCUGAAAUUGUCAGAAUAGACGGUGGCGAGGGCGUCACAGUGCCUAUAGAGAACGAAGGGAAUCGAAUGUACUCGGCCCCUGAGUCUUACUCUAAUUACACGAUUAUGAGCGAACUCAGACCUCACCUCAACCCCCUUGUGGACUUAUGGUCACUCGGGGCUGUUUACAGUGACUUUCUCGCCUGGUCCAUAGGAGGAGGCGAGUGUCAAGAGAGUUAUCGUAAAAAGAGAAAGGAUGCAAUUGCAAAGCUUAGUCACAUAACAGAAGCUGGGUUCGAUGCAUGCUUCCACGACGGAGAAAAAAGGCUUCCCGCAGUUGACGACUUUCACAAGGGGGUUCUCAAAGACAAAGUUGAUGGCGACUUUGUCUCCCCUUGCAUGAGUCAGUUCAUUCUUACGUUCAUGAUGGUGGAACCUCGAUUACGAUUGAUAGCGAUGCAAGCUAUGGCGCACGCCACAUCCAUGAUUGACGCCGCGAGGUUGGGUCCCACGCAGCGGCCAAAAACUCCUGAAAUCAUCCCUCCCGUGAUCAAUAGGCCAAUCUCUUACACUCUUGAGAAAACGGUGUCUGUAUGGGAGGUUUACGAGGCGCUGAAGAAAAAGAGCAACUGGAAACAUUUUAAGAGACACCGAAGUCAACCCUCCAAUGCUGGGAUGGAUCUUCCAGGUAUGCAGAGCGCUCGGAACCAAAUUAAUCUUCAUGGUGGACGAGAUCAGAUUCUGCUAAUCGAUGAUUAUGAGUCAAUGAGAGGGCACUGGAGAAAUGUUGCGGAGACUGCCAGAGUUAUCAGUUACUCAGUCAAAGUGUCUGACAAAGAUGGUAUGGAUCUUUAUUUUGCCUCUGACUCCUGCAACCCUCAAAAGUGCCAAAACAGUUCGGACGUCGAGGCCAAGAUUAGGAAUAAAGUAACAGUCAGUGGAUGGUGUGACAUGAAGAAGUGUCUGGAAGACGUGAUGGCCCACGUCAUGGCAAGCGGAACGAAACCGGCAGGCAUCUAUAUUUUCACUGAUGGGAUAUGGGACCCAGAACGCAAACCCGAAGUGGAGGAUGUCAUUCACGAAUCUAUCGACCUGCUAAUCGACAGAAACGCAAAGCCAGCAAAUCUUAUGUUUCAAUUUAUCCAAUUUGGCCGUGACCCUCAAGGAUCGAAGCGGCUUAAAGUUCUCGACGACGGCUGCAAAAGGACACACAGAGGGGUAGAAUAG